GCAUCUCAAAGCAGAUCACACCCUACAAAACUUGAGCUAUUGAUACUGUUCGACACCGCCAAAUGUCGAUGAGCAAAAUUGGAAAUGAUAAUCUCUACCUUGGCGGUUUUAUGUCCCUGAGCAACACGCUCGCCCUCAGAAAUGCAAACAUCACUCACGUCGUGACAGUAAUGCGCGGCGGCGUAGACAAAGAUCGGUUUAAAUCCUUUCAAGGACAUUUACACAUCGCCGUUGAUGACAUCAGUGAUGAGGACCUUUUGCAACAUUUCCCAACUACCAAUGCAUUCAUCCGCUCAGGUCUCGAGCAAGGAGGUGGUGUUCUUAUCCAUUGUGCAAUGGGGAAGUCUCGGUCGGCUACAGUGUGCAUAGCCUUUCUACUCCAUCGAGAUCCUACUGCUAUUGAUCCACAUGAAGCUCUCAGGCUCCUCCGUGAAACUCGACAGAUGUGCGAGCCGAAUGAUGGAUUCAUGGAACAAUUGAAGCUGUAUCAUGAGAUGGGAUGCCCUGAAAGUGUAGAGAAUCAUCCAAUAUAUCAGCGCUGGCUGUAUCAGAGAGCAGUGGAGGAAAGUGUGGCAUGCGGGCGUGGUCCGGAGUUGGAGGAAGUUCGGUUUGAAGAUAAGGCUAAGAGUGCUAGCCACAGUGACGAUAAGGGGGUGGAAGUGAGGUGUCGGAAAUGUCGGCGCCAACUAGCAGCCCUACCUUUCAUCAUCCCCCAUGACACACCCCAGCAACAAUAUACAACUAAAUCUCAGCCCCAAGCCACCCAGCUCUCGUCUGCUUGCGCGCACGUUUUCCUCCACCCGCUGACUUGGAUGCGGCCCUCACUUUUCCCAUCCACAGAUGACCCGCUUGCCCAGGAAACCCCAUCUGAGUCCCCUCUAGCUGGCCGGCUCGUCUGUCCCAACGCUACAUGUGGCGCAAAUAUAGGAAAAUUUGCUUGGCCUGGUAUGCGAUGCAGCUGUGGUACAUGGGUUGUGCCGGCAAUCGCGCUGGCCCGGGCUAGGGUCGAUGUUGUCGACGUUGGAAUUAGGAUAGCAGGGUUGGCGGGUGGUGGCGCGGGGAUAAGAAUGCCUCCAGGCAUGAGAGUACAAGGAAAUAAGGUCGAAGAGGAGAGGGGGCUGUUGUAGAGACUAUUGCAUACAGACUAACCUGGAUUGUUAGUUUCGCUGGCUCGGCGUUGGGCGAGGGGGGUUUGCAACCGCAUGAACAUGAGAUAUAUACACACUGAGAACCUUUACUGUGUUCCGUCUUUCUCUUCAAUCAUUUGGCGCCUCGAAGGCGAAGAGCGUCGGGUUCUCUUUGCAGGCUUCCUAGAAGAAU